AUGUUGCCCUCACCUUACCUACCUUCACUACAAUAUUUAUUUCUCCAACUCGCAGUGUUCUUAUCAUAUCCAGACAGACGACGGAUCACCAUAUGGACCGAUCUAUCUCGGCGGGUUAUUGUUAUAAUCGGAGACCUGCAUCCAUCGCAACAGAUAAUCACUAGUAAUAGUGAAGUUGCAGUAAUUUCUGGGACUAUUAUCUCACUAGUACAAACGACUACACUCAGCCCAUCCAUCCAAAAUAUCAAUGGUCUAUCAUUCACAAUUCUCCCUAACGGCAGCACCCGAAUUGGAUACGCCCAAAUCCUUUACCCCGGCGACCCGACAACAAAUUUCAACCGCCACACAAUAUCCCUAAGUCCAGAUGGCGCCGAUGGUCUAAGAUAUUCCAUCGAACUCCAAGUAUCAGCCUCAACAACCACCGGGAAGCUACUCAUCAUUGGGCCAGACGGAACCACAUCCACUCUCCAGCUUUCCUUUCCAACGCCAACACCUACCGGCUCCGUUGGCCGGGGCACCUCAUCGCUGAAAACGUGCAUGUGGAAAGUACGCUCAGCAAGUUCGAGUGAGUCAGCAGAGGAUACGGACACGAUUACCAUGCUUCCAAUCAUGGGUGUUGAAAUGCGAGACGAAAUCUAG